UUGUUUGAGUGGUAGCCGCAUGCUUGUUGUGUAUGGUGUAUUCUCAGCAGUUUGACUUUUUUCUUUCUCGUUAUUCGUUUCAUUUUUCCAACGUUUUGCUUCGAUUGCGUGCUUUUUACUUGUCUGAACACAGCCGUAGCACGUACAAUUCGUUCGACUAUCUGUACAUACAACAGCGUAUAUAACGUUUGCCUCAUUGUGUAUAGUACUAUUUGUGGUCGAAUCAACACGUUACGGCUUGCUACACGAAAAUUACGAAACGUUUUUAAACAACCGAGCGACUGAACGCAUUUGUUUCGACCGUACAUGGCAAACCACACACAUUCGCCAGAUUUCUUUCACGUUUCCGAGCUCAGUUGAUGUGAAUUCUUUGUUGAGACAGGAUUGUAAAAAAGUGUAUGUCUGAGCAGUAAGUGAACUAGCAAACAUUAUUUCGGCUCGGAACGUGUACAAAAAGAGAGACAUCGACAUUUUGAUUCAAGCGAAUAAUGAGAAAACGAGAGAAAAUGUGCAAAUCAUCAACGGAGCCGGAUUCCAUUGACAACAACCAAAGAAAAAUAAAAACAAAACAAAACGUAACGAAAAUUUAUUGAGAUUACUCAUCAUGUGAAUCGGAAUGUUUUGAACGUGUUGAUUUCGAACAUUAUUAUCGACUGUACAGUUGCUGCUUCUGCUGCACUUGAUAAAUUUUCUUGUAUUUUUGUUUCUAUUUUGUUUUCUUGUUGACUGUCGAACAAUUAUUAGAAACUCGACGAACUUAUGUGUGUGUGUGUGUGUUUUUUUUAUUGUGCAUUGUUUGAUUUCGAAAAUAAUUGCAUUGGCAAUGUACAAGUACAUAAAUCUACAGAUGCAAUUCUAAAUGUGCUAACGAAAACAGAAGAAGAAACAAACGAACAGUGAUGCCAUUGCCUCACCUCAGAUAAAUGUACAGAAAUUAUAAUCCGGAUAAAACAAAAUUAUACCAAAAAAAAUUGCCGCAAAGUGAUUCGCGCGAUUAAACAAGUGAGAUUUUCUUUAAUGGAAGGAUAUAUUAUUGUUGGCAUCGUGUGAUUAAUUACACAAGAGUCGUCGAUAUCAAGUGUUCAUUCUCACACACCGAGAAUUGUGAUUGGAACGAUUUUUAGGAUUAAAAUUUAUUUUUAGUUUACCAAAGCGUCGUCGACUAAAUCGAUUUCUUGAUUACAUACUACUGCUCUUUGGAACCGUUCAUCCGAAAGAAAGGAGAAGAAAAUCUACGAAUGAAAAUCAAAAUAGAGACAAAAGUAAUUGUGCUGGAAUAGAUCGAUCGAACGAACACACACAUACACAGAAAAUAGAAAGAAAGAGAGAAAAUCGACGAAAAAACGUUAAAAACUCGAAAUAAUUUUAUUUGAGCUAAACGGACGCAUAAAGAAUCCAAAGGUUAAGGGAAACAAAGGCAUAGACAUAAAGUAAAAGACCGAUUCACUGUGGAUGAUUAUUGUUGAUUGCAAAGACUAACAAAGCAUAGUAAAAACUCAUACAAACAAACACACGGAGUCAGACAAAAAGGAAUGUUUCAUGACACAAAACAAGCAACGAACAACCAUCGGCAGGAAAAAGAAAUUCUAUUCUGCUGUGCUAUUGUGUGAACCGUCUGUAGGCAUAGCCGAUAUUCUCUACUCUGGAAUUUAUUUGAAAAUCAAAUAGUGCGCGACAGUAUUUAUAUGAGAAACGAUACGAAAAAAUUGUGUGAAAGUGAAAUUGGUUGCAUCAUAAUAAUUGCAUCAUAAUAAUUGCAUCGCGCGAAUCAGUAAAGAGUCCUUCUGCUGCAAAAAAAGAAGAAGAAAAAGAAGAGUUAAUCAAUUCCAAAGAUAGCAUAAAUGUGUAUGUCAUGCUGAUCGAUGAACACGAGUGAUUUUGUAUUGGUGAUAUCAUACAAUAGGAUUGAAAACAAAAGCUAGGUGCUUCUUCCUAAGUGGUAUCGUACUCGGAAAAUGACACGAUGGGAUCUUGUACAACACGACACUACUUGUUGUCAAUAUGCAUGCUGCAAUUGCUUGCGAUAAUCGAGCGGCAAAUAUUCGACUUUCUUGGGUACAUGUGGGCACCGAUACUCGCUAACUUUUUCCAAAUAAUUUUCGUGAUUUUCGGAUUUUUCGGCGGUUAUCAAUUUAGCGCAAAAUAUCUCAUAACGUACACAAUAUGGACUCUACUUUGGGUUGGGUGGAACAUUUUUCUUAUCUGUUUCUAUUUGAAUGUUGGCGUUCUCAAUCGAGAUAGCGAUAUACUAAAUUUAGGCACUGGAUCAAUAUCAUGGUUUGAAGUGAACGGCUACGGAUGUGUGCCAACGUUUCCAACAAAUAUCACAUCGGAGGAUCCAUAUCGUUUGGUCAGGCCAGAGUAUGUCGAAGGAUGUUUGCUCGAAUAUCAAACUAUUGAAGUCAUACAUUCGAGUGUUCAAUUAUUUUUUGCGAUUCUCGGACUUAUCGGAGCAAUGUGUUUAGCUCAAGUUUUUUUCGAUGAUGACGAUCGAUUCGAUUUUAUGGGUGGCGACGCCAAAUGUGUGCAGCAUAAAAUCGUUCUUCCGAUGUACGUGAGCUAUACAAGCAUACCGACAUCAACAGCUAAUACAACAAUGAAAUCAACUAAAUUACUAACGAACCCAUAUUUAGAUGUAACUACCACUUCCACAAGCGCUGCUACAUGUAACCUAGACAAAUUAAUUAACGACCAUAAUAACCAAUCGUCAACUAAUAACCGCAAUUUGAUUAACACGACAACAAACACAAAUCCAAAUACGAGUAUCAAUACAACUAUCAAGACUGGUGACAAUAGCAAGUCAAUGGGUGAGAAAAACGCGAUGACCAAUUUCUAUUCAAUGUCGUUCAAUCCGUAUCUAAACGGUACACACAUUGAUGAAUCCAGCGGUGGCGGUGGCGGCGAUGAUCCCAACUUUACCAAAAGAAUCAUGACAAACCCGAUGCGGUCGCACAAUAGAGAUCACGUUUACAAGCGUAAUAAUGGCAUUGUUUGUCGCAACUCAGGCAAACCGUGUGCCGUUGGCAAUGGCGGCGAUGGCGGAAGCUACAUGCCGCGUUCAAUACGAUACUCCGAUUCGGACGAUACACGCUCUUCAUCAAUCGAUUACAAUUUCAAUUAUGUCAAAUUUCGAUCGCCGCUUAAUGCGGGCUCCAAAGUGGCACAGCCACAGUAUCGAGAUUCCAGUACAACUUCAACACUGGCCACCGAAUGUAAUACGUUUGUUCGCUCAUCACCACCUUCUUCUUCGUUCUUCUUCGACGACUAUGAGCGGAAAAAAUCGAUAGUAUUGCCCAAAGUACAUAACCACCCGAAUUGUCAGUGUGGCAUUCAGAAUUGUUGCCCAUUUGCGGUUGCACGCUUCGCUGCCGAAAAUGUGGCACAUCAACCGUACGGUAUUUAUGCUAGCGGCAUGAAUGAUCGCAAAUGUGGUGCACCUCGUUAUUCAUAUCGGCGACAUGAUUUAAACACCAACGUUUUCAUGAACUAUGACCAAAAUAGAAUCAAUGAGUCGCCACCCAAGUACGAUCACAUCGAUGACUUCCUCAUGAAGCGAACAUUUUCACAUGAUCGUUUGUUUAGUCAACGGCAUAACGGCGUAUCAGCCGCUCGAUGUCGCACGAGGCCAAAGUCUUACUGUAGCAAUGCCAAUCAUUGCCCAACACAAUUGUAGACAGACCAUUUUUAUAGACCCCAUCAAAUCAAUCUUGCAUCAUUUUUGAAAUCGUUUUUUUGUUUUUGUCUUCUGUUUGAAUGGAGAUAACGACUUUGUUCUACAUACUCUUAUUUCGACAAGAUGUGUCGAUUUUUCGGUCGUUGAUUUUAUUUGAUACUUGUUGAACACUCUACACAUACUAUGUAAUAUAAACGUGUCGUAAUGUUGACGUUAGUUUUUUAUUUCUUAUGAAAAAGCAAUGCGUUUUCGUGUCGUCUCUUUUCAUCAAAUUGGAAGUGUUGCGCCUUUAUGUAGCUGAAAAAGACAAUGUUUAUAGAAUGUUUUGGCCAUGCUGACGGGGAAAAAAGAACAAAUAGAUGAUAAUAAUCGAAUUUAUAUUUGUCAUUAUCUGUAGUAGACUGUGAACGCGCUCGAUUGAUUGAAAGGUUAUACCUGAUAAAGUUCAAGAGCUUUUCUCAGUUUCCGCAAUUGAAAUAUUUGACUCAAUUUCUACAACGGCCUCGUGUCUACAAUUAGACCAAUUUCUGUUACGGAACUAUUUUCCGAUCUUAUUUUAUACUAGAUCUCCGCCAAAGAAAAAAAAACACUCAACACUAUUCACUGAUGAAUUUUUUUGUUUCUUACUUAUUUAAGGGGGGAAAAACCCUCGGAGUCAUUUAAAAUGAAAAUGAGAAUGAUUUUGUUAACUCUGAUGCGAAAUAGACUCGUUAUAAUUAUGAAAUAAUUUGUUCCAUAUAUGUUUUUGUUGCAUCCUGUUGCCUAAAUAAUUAGCUAAUUAAUAAAUAUUUUAUACUGUGAAUUAUACUGAAAAAA